AUACAAAAGGGCUACAAGAGUACAACAUUUGAUGGGAAGACGUAUGAAAAGUCCAGCCAGAAGAUGGCUCACGGUUCAGAGGAUGCUCGCAAGAAGUUUAUCUUGACCACAACUGGAAACUUCUAUGGCGUGACCCCUUCAUCGUCCCUGACUGAUAGCCCAGAGUUGAAUAACUUCCUGGAUGAUGGAAAUGAAUUUGUCUUAUCUGUCAGCAGACAUGAUAAUGACCUUCACCUGUCAAAUAAGAUUGGCAAUUUGGGGGACAGCAACGAGAAAAUACUGGUCUUCUUCAAGCUGCAGCCCACUGUGAUCACAGACGAUAACCUUCAUCAGAGCAUCCUUGUUUCAUCCAUGCUGGAGUCUCCUAUUAACACCCUCUACCAGGCUGUCAAACAGGUUUUUGCACCUGUGCUGCUAAAGGAUGAACGCUGGCGUUCAGCAUUUGAUCCUAAGCUGGCGAGCCUGUUGAGUGAGCUGGAGCUGGGCCUGGGCUCGGUUGUUCGCCAGUCUGGAGCACUACCCUCUGCUAAGAUGCGCCACACAGAGGAAGAUGUCCUAGGCAUCCUGACUCCCAAUGAUGAGUUUCAGUUCUGGGAAGAUCUUUCUGAUUCUGCGGACAGGAGCGGUGUGAGAGAAAGAGCAACAUAUUUCUCUGAGCAGUUCAAACCUAUACAAAAGGAGUUUGGUUGUCUUGAAGGUUUGCCUAUGUCAGAUGUUGUGGAUCUGGUGGAACAGAGCAGGGACACUCUGGAUGACAUUUGGAGGCAGAGCGAUUUUGAGCCUUAUCCGGAGACACGAAUGGGCCGACUCAUGGAUGUUAUUGGUGGAGCGUUGGGAAGGUAUGUCCAGAAGAAACUAGGUGAUCUGAAGAUUUUUGUUGAACCAUUUGUGCUGGUGAGAGAGAACCUCAGAAUGGGAGUUUCCAUUUGUGAGCAGUGGGUGGCAGCUUGCGAGCAUUUGACUGGACAGCUAUGGAAAAGACACGCUCCGCAUCCUUGGAAAGGAAACAAGCACUGCCCGCUAACCCUAGACUGUCUUGUGAAAAGAUUGAAUGAAGUGGUGACUCUGCGAACAGUUCAUGAGAAACUGUUGUGUUUGCUACCAGGAGGAAAACAGGAAGCUCUGGCUUCAGAUCGUGUGUUUGAACCUUUCUCUGGGCUUAAUCCCCUGCAUUACAACCCCUAUACUGAGCCUCUUUGGAGAGCAGCUGUGGCUCAGUUUGAGCGGGUUAUAGCUCCAUCAGAGCAGCAGGUUGCUGGCAGGCUAAAGAGCUACAUUGCUGAUGUGCAGGAUAACCCACAACAGCUGUUACAGGUGUUCCAGAAACACAAGGAGUUGAUCAGACGUCCCACUGUUAGCAAAGAGCUGCAGUCAGAAAGGGAGACGCUUCUAGCCAGACUACUAGAUUACAACAAGGGUUUGAAGAGUGACUUUGAGAAUCGUUGCCAUGGCGGCCCUGGAGACAAGUCUGGUCCACUCAUUGGCAGGAACCUCCCUGACGCUGUCAACAGAAUAGUUUGGGUGCGACAGCUCUUACACAAGGUCGAAGAUUCUGUUCGCAUAGCUGAGGCUCUUCUGUCAGGCCUGUCUGGAUUCAAGGGUUUCCUGCGUUUCUGCGAUGACUUGCUGGAAGCUCUGAGGGCGUAUGAGCAGGAGCAUUUUGAGGACUGGUCAAGAGAUAUACUGUCUGGACUGGCUGACCCAAAGUCAGGGAUCAGCCUUCAGGCCAGUAACCGCGUGAUGGACCUGGACCAUGUGGACGGCAGGCUGAAGAUUCAGUACUCAGACAGACUGGUCAGUCUGCUCAGGGAGGUGAGGCAGCUCUCCGCAUUGGGAUUUCCAAUCCCAGCAAAGAUACAGCAAGCUGCCAAUACAGCAGACAAAUUCUACAGGCAAGCCAUUGUUUUAAAACAGGUUGCUCAUUUCUACAACACCAUUGACCAGCAGAUGAUUCCCUCUCAGAGGCCUAUGAUGCUUAGUCUUGCCCUCGCCUUUGAACAAGUUAUCAAGAAUCCCCGUUCGCAGUCGAAGGAGUCGGGCGGUAAACUGCAGAUUACCUGGGAUAACCCGAAGGAGUUAGAGUUUUAUAUUGCCAAGUUGCAGUCUGCUGCUGAGAAGCUCUCAACCGAGAACAGAAAGUUACGAAAAUGGCACACAGACUUCACUGACAAGGUCGUGACACUAAUGAAUGUUGAUCUGCUGAGACAUCAGCAGCGGUGGAAAGAUGGCCUGCAGGAGCUCCGUACUGGCUUUGCCACUCUGGAAGCUCAGGGCUUCAGGUCUGAUGACAUGCGGGCAUGGCGUCAGCACUGGAACCAUCAGCUGUACAAGGCUCUAGAGCACCAGUAUCAGGCUGGACUGGAAGCUCUGAACAAGAACUUGCCUGAAAUACACAUUGACCUAAUUUUCAAGCAGGGCCGUCUACAAUUUCGUCCACCGUUUGAGGAGGUGCGAGCACGAUAUUUCAGGGAGAUGAAGCGUUUCAUCGCUAUUCCAAACCAGUUCAAAGGUGUCAGCAUCCAGGGGGAAGAGCUUAUCUUCAACAUUAUGAUUGAUAGAAAUGCCUCUGGCUUCCUCACCAUUUUCAGCAAGGCUGAGGACCUCUUUAGCCGCCUGCAGGCUGUACAGAACAAGUUCAAGGAGUGGGUGGUGCUGGGCCAGGUGGAUUUAGAGAAGUUAGUGGAGAAGCAUCUGAGUUCUGUACAAGACUGGGAGAGAAAUUUCAAGGCACUGAAAACUAGAGGGAGAGACUCCGAACGUCUGCCUAGUCAGGAGAAAGUAGACUGUAUCACGGUGAACUGUGAGCCUGUAAAAGCUGUUAUCGAUGACCUGAUCCAGAGACUGUUUGACAUGCUGCUCUUAUCACUUAGGAAGUCUAUUCAAGGUCACACACAAGCCAUAGAGUGUUUUGUGACAGAAUCAAUGGAGGCCUUGUCCACACGACCAGAGAGCAUGGAGGAGAUUGGUGCAGCUAAUAGCAAAUAUAACCAGAUACUUGCACGAAAGCCUGAAAUCCUGCCUCAGUUCCAGUGUGCUGAGGAGAAGAACCAGCUCCUGCGUGCUGUUGGUGGGUCUGGGAUGGACUCUCUGUCCACACUGAGGGCCAGGUGGGACAAACUGGAGCUUGUCAUGGAGAGCCAUCAGCUUAUGAUCAAAGAACAGAUGGAGGUAAUGCGAAGUCAUGCGGCGGGUCGUAUCAGUGCCUACAGGGCUGAUCUGGAGAGGUUUAAGGCACGCUGGGACCAGCUUAAACCUAAAGAUGACAUGCUUGAUGGCAGUGAUCAUGCUGCCCUGCUUGCAUGUCUUCAAACCAUCAGAGACAAACAGCAAGAAUUUCAGGAGCUAGAACUUGUACGAAGUAAACUGCUAGAAGACUGUACCUGUUUUGAUCUGGAACCUCCAGAUUUCUCUCUGGCAGAGGAAACAAAGACAGACAUGGAGGAACACAGCCAAAUGUGGGGUUUGUACGAGGAGUGGCAGCAGGGCUUCACGGAGAAGGCCCAGGAGGACUGGAUCACAUUCAGGAGUAAGACGUAUCUCUUCGAGGAGUUUCUGUUUGCGUGGCAGGACAGAUUAAGGAAACUAGAGCAACCUACUGCAAUGUCUGUUAAACUGCAAGGAGAAGUGGACAAAUACAAGAACAUGGUCCCUGUGCUGAAGUACGUACGUGGGGAACACCUGUCGCAGGACCAUUGGCUGGACAUGUUUCGUUUGUUGGGGCUACCCCGAGGGACGACCUUAGAGAGACUCACCUUUAAUGACUUUCUUGAUGUGGCAAAUACCAUCAUAGAGAAGGCGCUGGAGCUCAAGGACCUAAACAGUCGUGCUCAGGCAGAGGUGACCAUCAGAGAAGCACUUAGAGAGCUGGAUUUGUGGGGGGCUGCUGCUACCUUCACUCUCACCGAGUACGCAGAGAGCAGCGGACGCACACUCACUCUUAUCAAGGACUGGAAGGACAUAGUCAACCAGGUGGGAGAUAACCGCUGUCUGUUGCAGUCUCUGAAAGACUCUCCCUACUACCGCAGCUUCCAGGACAAGGUCAGUCUGUGGGAGGUACGUCUGUCAGAUUUAGAUGAGUACCUGCUCAAUCUGAAUGCCAUCCAGAGACGCUGGGUUUACUUGGAGCCUAUUUUUGGACGAGGAGCAUUGCCUCGAGAAGAAGCUCGCUUCCAGCGGGUUGAUGAAGACUUCAGGUGCAUACUGUCAGACAUCCAGAGGGACAGCAGAGUUGUUUCUUUGAGUUCAAGAGCUGGCAUCAGGAGCUCCCUUGUCACUAUACUGGAUCAGCUGCAGCGCUGCCAAAAGUCACUUAACGAGUUCUUGGAGGAGAAGCGUUCUACCUUCCCACGUUUCUAUUUCAUCGGAGAUGAUGAUCUUUUAGAAAUUCUUGGCCAGGCAACCAACCCGAGUGUCAUCCAGUCUCACCUCAAGAAACUAUUUGCAGGUAUCCACAGUGUUGUAUUUGAUGAACAGUGCCAGAACAUUGUUGCCAUGUGUUCUUUGGAGGGAGAAGUGGUGCAACUCAGAAAUGCAGUACACAUCUCCAGCCUUGUCGAGGUAUGGUUAAGCGAGUUGUCUGUGGAAAUGAAGGAGACUCUGAAGCACCUGCUCUAUGAAUGUCUGCUGGCGGGGAGGAAAGGAAAUGUGGACCCCUCACGCUAUCCAUCACAGAUUCUGUGUCUGGCUGAGCAAAUCCAAUUUACUGAGGAUGUGGAGAAAGCAAUAAAAGAACAGAAUCUGCAGCGGCUGGAGCUGGAGCUUAAUAGCAAACUGGAGCACUACACCACAGUGGACACCAGCUCUGAUGACCAUCCCAACACAGAGUCCAGCAUCCUGCAGUUGAAGCUGAAGGCUUUGAUCCUCGACAUUAUCCAUAACAUCAGCAUGGUGAAGCAACUCAUCCAGACAGGUGUUACCAGCACCGAUGACUGGGGCUGGAAGAAACAGCUCCGCUUCUAUAUGGGACCAGACAAAUGCUGCCACAUUCAUAUGGUGGAUGCACAGUUCAACUAUACUUAUGAGUACCAGGGGAAUGCAGCCAAGCUGGUGCACACUCCGCUGACUGAUAAGUGCUACCUGACUUUAACCCAGGCCAUGAAGAUGGGACUUGGUGGGAACCCUUAUGGGCCUGCUGGCACAGGCAAGACCGAGUCAGUCAAAGCCUUGGGGGGCCUCUUUGGACGGCAGGUGUUGGUGUUCAACUGUGAUGAGGGUAUCGAUGUAAAGUCAAUGGGACGGAUAUUUGUGGGGUUGGUGAAGUGUGGAGCAUGGGGCUGUUUUGACGAGUUCAACCGUUUGGAGGAAGCAGUACUGUCUGCAGUUUCUAUGCAGAUUCAGGCCAUUCAAGACUCCCUCAAACAUCACAAGAAGAUAUGUGAACUGCUGGGGAAGGAGGUGGAAUUAGACCCAAACUCUGGGGUGUUCAUCACUAUGAACCCAGCUGGAAAAGGCUACGGAGGCAGGCAGAAACUUCCAGACAACCUGAAGCAGCUGUUCAGGCCCGUGGCCAUGACCAGGCCAGACAAUGAGCUCAUUGCUGAAGUCAUCCUCUACUCAGAGGGAUUCAAAAAUGGAGAAAUACUGGGACGCAAACUGGUUGCAAUCUUCAACCUGGCUAGGGAGUUGCUGACACCCCAGCAGCACUAUGACUGGGGUUUGCGUGCUCUGAAGACUGUGCUGAAGGCCUGUGGCAGUCUUCUGCAGCAGCAGAGGAAAAAUCAUGACAAGGAACAGAUUCAGGAGAGCAGUCUGGUGGUGCACGCGUUGAGACUGAACACCAUGUCCAAGCUGACGUUUGCAGACAACUCUCGCUUUGAUGCUCUGGUCAGAGAUGUCUUCACUGGGGUUAGUUUCACUGAUGUGGAGGACCAGAUACUAACACACGCAUUAGAGCAAGUCUACAAGGAGGCUCAACUUGAACUCAUACCCAGCCAGCUGAAGAAGGCCAUGGAGCUGAAUGAGCAGCUGAGACAACGUAUGGGUGUAGUCAUCGUAGGGCCAAGUGGAGCAGGCAAAUCCACUCUCUGGAGGAUGCUCAGGGCUGCACUUAACAAGACAGGCAAAGUGGUGAAGCAGUAUACAAUGAAUCCAAAGGCCAUGCCCAGACAGCAGCUUUUGGGACAUAUAGACAUGGACACCAGAGAAUGGGCUGAUGGCGUUCUAACACACAGUGCCAGGACUGUGGUCAGAGAACCACAGGAGGUAAACUCCUGGAUAGUCUGCGAUGGGGACAUUGACCCUGAGUGGGUUGAGAGUCUAAACUCUGUCCUUGAUGAUAACCGGUUGUUAACCAUGCCUAGUGGAGAGCGCAUCCAGUUUGGACCUAAUGUAAACUUCCUAUUUGAAACUCACGACCUGAGCUGUGCCUCCCCAGCUACCAUUUCACGUAUGGGCAUGAUCUUUCUCAGUGAUGAAGAUAUUGAUGUGGCAGCAUUGCUGAAGUCAUGGUUAAGAGGUCAGCCAGAGGAAUGCCGCAGUAACCUUGAAAACUGGCUUGGAGACUACUUCCAAAGAGCACUGGACUGGGCCCUUAAACAGAACGACUUUGUGGUGGAAACUAGCAUGGUGGGCACAGUGUUCAAUUCUCUGUCACACCUUAGUGCUGUGACUGAGAGAGGACAGUUUGUCAUAGGUCUUCUGAGGGGCAUGGGAGGAAACCUCAAUCUCAAAACAAGACAGGAGUUUUCUAAGGAGCUGCUGAGCUGGGCCAGAGAAAGCCCACCAGACCCCAGAAAGCCACUUGAUACUUACUAUAAUUCUGAAAGUGGCCAUCUAGCUGCCUAUACAUUCCAGCGUCCUGAGGGUCUCACGCUGGAACAGUUCUCUUACACACACAAACUACCUGUAGUCGAGACUCCUGGCAUGCAGAGAGGACUGCAUGGUUUCUACCCAUGGCUUACUGCUCAGCACAGGCAGCCCUUCAUGGUGGUGGGACCUGAGGGUUGUGGAAAAGGCAUGCUCCUGCGAUACGCUUUCUCAAGGCUACGUUCCACCCAGGUCGCUGUGGUUCACUGUAGUGCCCAGACGUCGUCUCGCCAUGUCCUACAGAAGCUCAGCCAGACAUGUCUACUGCUCAGCUCAAACACGGGCCGAGUGUUCAGACCCAAGGACUGUGAGAACCUAGUGCUGUAUUUAAAAGACAUCAAUCUACCCAAGCCAGAUAAAUGGGGGACCAGCAACCUCACUGCUUUCUUGCAACAGGUGUUGACCUAUAAGGGGUUUUAUGAUGAAAAUCUAGAGUGGGUCAGUCUUGAGAACAUUCAGGUGGUGGCAUCCAUGUCAACAGGGGGCGCCGUCAGUAGCCAUUCACUCACCUCCCGAUUCUCCUCUAUUGUACGCAUCUGCACCAUUGACUAUCCAGACAGAGAGCAGCUUCACACCAUCUACUCAGCUUACCUUCAGCCAGUUCUCCAGCAUAGCCUUGGCAGCCAGGCAGCCUGGGCCAGCACAGGAAAAACACAUCAGCUGGCUGGCUCUCUUGUGCAGCUCUAUGAACAGGUGAAAGCAAAGUUUACAGUGGACGACCACAGUCACUACCUGUUUACCCCCUGUAUCCUCACAGAGUGGGUCCUCAGCCUCCUGCGAUAUGACCUCACUUCAGCACAACCGAAUCUGACAGACAGCGUGUUGGAAGUGGUAGCAUACGAGGCAAGGAGGCUGUUCAGAGACCGGCUGGUUUCGUCCAAAGACAUCCAUACCUUUGACAACAUCUUGUCCUCCAUCAUACGAGGAGAUUGGGGCUCUGACGCUCUAGACCACAUGCCUGAUGGUUUCUACGUGACCUGGGGAUCCUCUGAGGGGGCUGUGAUUGCUCCAGGCCAGCCUCUGCCUCCUCAUGGUAAACAGCUGGGUCGCCUGGAUUCAGCAGCUUUGAAACAGGUCAUACAUAAGGGUGUAGUGCUGUACAGCCGUGAUAACAAAGAGCUGGAUCUCCUCCUGUUCUGGGAAGUGUGCGACUUUGUGUCCAGGGUGGAUCGGGUCCUGAGUCGACCUGGUGGCUCUCUGCUUCUGGCAGGACGAAGUGGAGUUGGUCGGCACACGGCCACAUGUCUGGUGGCACACAUGCAUGGUUACACGUUGUUCACACCCAAAAUCUCCCGCGGCUAUACUCUUAAACAUUUCAGCAACGAUCUGAAGAUGGUAAUGCAACUGGCAGGUCUGGAUGGCCAGCAACUGGUUUUAUUGUUGGAGGAUUAUCAGUUUGUCCACCCUGCUUUCUUAGAGAUGGUGAACAGCCUGCUGUCAUCAGGUGAGGUUCCUGGUCUGUAUACCCCAGAGGAACUAGAACCUUUACUCUUGCCACUCAAAGAUGCUGCAUCCCAGGAUGGAUUCACUGGACCGCUCUAUAACUACUUUUCUUACCGAAUUCAGCGCAACCUCCACAUUGUCCUGAUCAUGGACUGCUCCAACUCUAACUUCACCAUUAACUGUGAGAGCAACCCUGCUUUUUACCGCAAGAGUUCUGUCCAGUGGAUGGAAGGAUGGUCUGACAACAGCAUGAAGAAGAUUCCUGACCUGCUGCUGGCAAAAACAGAAAGAGAGGCAGAGAGCAGUGAAAAAGAAACGUCCUCUAAUAGGAAAAACUCAGCAGGGUCUGAGCAGGGAGAUCUGUGCCGAUUGUUCCAUAUGGUCCAUGAGUCAUGUAAAGAACAUGGCGCAACACCAUGUCAGUACAUGGCCUUUUUACAUGUUUACACAGCGAUAUGCAGCCGGAAGCAAAACCAGCUGGCCACACGACAACAACAUCUACAGGCUGGCGUGUCUAAGCUGAAUGAAGCUAAAACAUUGGUUGAUGAAUUGAAGAGGCAAGCCGCAGAGCAGAGCGCACUUCUCAGGACUAAACAACAGGAGGCCGAUGCUGCCCUGCAGGAAAUCACCACCUCUAUGCAGAAUGCCAGUGAUCAGAAGACGGAAAUGGAAAAAAUUAAGGAAAAAAUGGCUCAUGAAGUGUCCAAGAUUGAAGAGAGAAAAGCCAAAAUAGAUGAUGAGUUGAAGGAAGUACAGCCGUUGGUAGACGAAGCAAAGCGUGCAGUUGGAAACAUCAAGUCCGAAGCUCUGUCGGAGAUUCGAUCCCUUCGCAUGCCCCCUGAUGUUAUCAGAGACAUCCUCGAGGGAGUACUGAGACUGAUGGGCAUCUUUGACACCACAUGGGUCAGCAUGAAGAGCUUUCUGGCCAAGCGUGGUGUGAGGGAGGACAUAGCUACAUUUGAAGCCAGCAACAUCACUCCUGAGAUACGCCAGAGUGUUGAAGAGCUGCUCAACAAGAACAAGGCUUCCUUUGACCCCAAGAAUGCAAAGCGGGCAAGUGCUGCAGCUGCUCCUCUGGCUGCCUGGGUCAAAGCCAACGUCCAAUACUCCUUUGUCCUCGAAAAAAUAGAGCCAUUGGAGAGAGAGCAAGCUGGGCUGCUGGAAAAUCUCAGAAAAACAGAGAGUAGGAAGAUUAAACUAGAGGACCAGCUCAACAAUGUUGGAGCCAAAGUCAACAAGCUGAAAGAGAAGUUUCAGUGUUACACUGCAGAGGCUGCUAAGCUGGAGGCUGAGGUGACAAAAGCUCAGGACACAAUCACUGCUGCCCAACAGCUCCUAUCACAACUAGAUGGUGAACACACACGGUGGAACGCACAGAUGUCUGAGAUAAAGAAUGAGUUGGACACGCUUCCUCUCAGGGCUUUGCUUGCUGCAGCCUUCAUCACCUAUCUGUCUGCUGCUUCAGAAGACCGCAGAAGACAUUGUCUGGAGACAUGGAUGGCUCAAUCUGGACUACAGAAGUUUGACUUGCGGUCGUUCUUGUGCUCGGAGAGUGAGCAGCUGAUCUGGAAGAGUCAAGGACUGCCAUCAGAUGAUCUCUCCAUGGAGAAUGCGCUGGUUAUACUCCAGAUCAAUACACUCAAGUUACAGAGUGUUGCCUGUCCAUUCCUGAUAGACCCUUCAUCCCGAGCUACUGAGUGGCUACGCACACAUCUAAAAGAGAAAAGACUUGAGGUUAUCAACCAGCAGGAUAGCAACUUCAUGACAUCUCUGGAACUGGCAGUCAGAUUUGGUAAAACGCUCAUCAUCCAGGAGAUGGAUGGUGUUGAACCUGUGCUCUUUCCACUGCUGAGGAAAGACUUCAUAGCUCAAGGUCCUAGAUAUGUGGUUCAGAUAGGAGACAAAGUUAUUGAUUACAAUGAAGACUUCCGUCUAUUCCUUGCAACGCGGAAUCCUAGUCCGUUCAUCCCUCCCGAUGCUGCUGCUGUGGUCACAGAGGUCAACUUUACUACCACCAGGGCAGGCUUACGAGGACAGUUGCUUGGCUUGACCAUCCAGCAGGAGAAGCCAGAAUUGGAGACAGAGAAAACAAGAUUAUUGCAACAAGAGGAGGACAAGAAGAUACAGUUGGCUCAACUGGAAGAAUCUCUAUUAGAGACUUUGGCUACAGCUCAAGGUAAUAUUCUUGAGAACAGAGAGCUGAUUGACAGUCUAAACCAGACCAAGGCAAGCAGUGCCCUGAUCCAGGAGUCACUGGUGGAAUCACAUAGACUGCAGGCAUCCUUGGACCAGGAGCGGGAUGCCUACCUACCCCUUGCGGAGAGUGCUAGCAAGAUGUAUUUCGUCAUCACAGACCUGUCAAAGAUCAACAACAUGUACCGCUUCAGCCUUGCUUCGUUUUUGCACCUCUUUCAAAGAGCUCUUCAGGCCAAGAAGGAAGAACAGAAUACAGAAGCCAGGAUUGCUGCUUUGGAGGCCAACUUGAAGAGUAUGGUGUAUGAAUAUGUCUGCCGGUCACUUUUUAAGGCCGAUCAGUUGAUGUUUGCAAUGCAUUUUGUGAAAGGCAUGCACCCUGAACUUUUCCAGGAGAAUGAAUGGGAUGUUUUCAUCGGAUCCAUGAUUGGAGAGGUGUUUAAGAAAGAGGAGUUCCCUUCUUGGAUAGAUCAGGAGAGGCAUGGAGCACUGGCUGUUAUAAAAAGUACAUUCCCUGCUCUCUACCAGACCCUUUGUUUGAGUGACUCAGACCUUUGGCUGUCCUUCUUGCAAAGCUCACAGUGUGAACAGGAGAUCCCACUCUCCAUUGCCAAAAAGAUUCUUCUCUUCCAACAGCUUUUAUUGGUUCAGGCAGUCAGACCUGACCGGCUGCAGAGUGCCAUGACCUCCUUUGCUUGCCAAGCCCUGGGUAUGAGAGAGCUUUCCCCGCCCCCUCUGAAUCUGCGGCGUCUCUACACUGAGACAAUGGAGUGGGAGCCGGUGUUAAUCAUCAUCUCUCCAGGGGCAGAUCCAUCCCAAGAGCUUGCAGAACUAGCAGCAGAAACCGUUGGCAGGGACAACUAUCAUGAGAUCUCCAUGGGUCAGGGACAGGCCGAUUUGGCCUUAGCUACACUCAGAGAAUGUUCUCGAAAUGGUGACUGGCUUUGCCUGAAAAAUCUCCACCUUGUUACUGCCUGGCUACCCCUCCUGGAAAAAGAACUAAAUGCACUUUGUCCCAAAGCAACCUUCCGUCUCUGGCUGACAGCAGAAGUUCACUCCAGGUUUCCUCCCAUACUGCUGCAGUCCAGCCUCAAGAUUACUUAUGAGGCUCCUCCGGGGCUUAAGAAGAAUCUUUUGAGAACGUACGAGUCCUGGACUCCAGAGCAGAUCAGUAAAGGAGGCAAUUUGGCCAGAGCCCAAUCUUUUUUCUGUCUGGCUUGGUUCCAUGCUGUCUGUCAAGAGAGAAGAAACUACAUUCCACAGGGGUGGACCAAGUUCUACGAGUUUUCUUUGUCGGACCUCCGUGCUGGUUUUGAAAUUAUUGACAGGCUUUUUGAAGGUGGUAAACCAUUUCAAUGGGAGUUUGUCCAUGGCCUGUUGGAGAGUGCAAUCUAUGGUGGGCGAAUAGACAAUCCUUCUGACCUCCGUAUCUUGCGCUCCUACCUUGAGCAGUUCUUUUCUGCACGACUCCUCUCCUCAUCAGCUGGACAGAGGAAGAGCAGAGGAGGAGCGCACAUCUUUCCACCCCAGAUCAGCCUCCCAAACUCCUGCUCCAUAUUGGAAUACUGCAGUGUGAUAGAGAAACUUCCAGAGGAUGACAGACCUGGAUUUUUUGGUCUGCCUGCCAACAUAGAAAGAUCUUCUCAGAGAAUCAUCAGCUCCCAGGUAAUUUCCCAGCUGCGUAUUCUCAGUCGCUCAGUGGCUACAGGGUCUAAGUUUGACAGAGAACUCUGGUCCAACAGUCUCUCACCUGUCCUCAACUUAUGGAAGAAGCUCAACCAGGGUUCCACCCUGAUCCAUCAGAAGGUGGAUCCCCCCACAGAAGGCCAGAAGUCACCAGUCUUGUCAUUCAUUGCUCUGGAGCAGUUCAGUGCCAUCCGUUUGGUCCAGAGUAUCCACCAAUCUCUGGCUGCACUGAGCAAAGUCAUCAGAGGAACACAACUGUUGACCCCAGAAGUCCAGAAAUUGGCGACUGCUCUGCUGAAUCAGGAGUGUCCUUUAAAAUGGCAGAAUAAAUGGGAAGGACCGGAGGAACCAAUGCAGUACCUCAGAGCGGUGGUAACUCGGGCUCUCGCCAUGCAGAGUUGGGUGGAGCGUGCAAGCAGACAAGCUCUCCUUUCUGACAUCCUUGAUUUGUCGGAGCUCUACCACCCCGAUACCUUCCUCAACGCUUUGAGACAGGAAACGGCCAGGUCUAUGGACUGCUCGAUGGACAGCUUGGUGUUUGCGUCAUCAUGGAGGAGUCCAAUUGCGCAGACGAAGCUACAAGUCAAGGUUGGAGGUCUCCAGUUGGAGGGCUGUCGUUUUGAUGGCGUGCAUUUAAGUGAGAACCAGCAUGAUUCUCCCAGCGUGUCAGCCGUCCCACCGUGCUACAUGGCCUGGGUUCCACAGAACUCCAACGCUGACCCCACGGCAUCAGAGGAGACUAUCUCUCUGCCGUUGUACACCAGCUCGGAGAGACUGAAGGUGGUCACACAUGUCCCUCUGCCGUGUGGAGCAAACCCCAACCAGUGGAUACAGACUGGAGCUGCUCUUUUUCUCAAACAGCAGUGAAACAGGAUCAUAUCGGUGAGGCCAAGCACAUAAACUCAACCACGAGGGCUCUGCCGGAGACAGGAGGCCUUAGUCAACGCUGAUUUGAGUCAGAAUACACAGACACAUCUUGCACCCCAAGAUGUCAGGCACUGGUAUGGUCGCUAGGUUGUUGUGAGUACCUCAAUCGUACACCAAGAUCUUUAUAUUUCUCUCAUAGACAGGACUGAAACAUUCCCAUGUUUGUUUAAGUAUAAGAAUAAUGUUAUUUUGUUGAGCCAUGUUGUAAUAUGCUUUAUAUGUCCCAGCUCUCCUCUUGGUAAUCCCACAAAACACUACUCUGUACAUCCCAAAUUCUUUAGAAUGUUACUGUAGAAAUGAUUGUUUAUAAUAUGAAUUUCAGAGCAGGCUGAAUGUUUCCUGUACAGUCAUUCUGUUACAUUUGAGUGUUUUUGGAGCUUAUUUAUUCAAAAUAAAAUUUAAAUAAAUGUCACUAUUGCUGCAUUUUUUUUUUUCUUUUAGUCACAGCAAUUACUAACAUACGUUCUGCCGGUAUGAUGGUCAGGCAGAAACUCACAGUCCUUCUUAAUUUUAUU